CGCAUUGUUCCGCAGAGCAUGGCCUACAACGAGGCGGGAGGGCGGAGAGCUUCGAAAAUUUCUCGUGUGGCCGUCGUCGUCUUCGUUGUGUUGGAGCUGUGCCGGCGUUCGCGCGUCGCCGCCGGUCUCUGUUGUGUGUAGCACCGCGUGCGUCCGAGGAAGGGAACGGCGUUGUCUCCGUCCGUGUGUGCUGCUGUCGUUUCGGCUCGUCCAGUCUGUGUUCCGGCGGUCUCGUGUGUCUCUCUGCAGCCGCCGUGGUGUCGUGUGGCCCUUGUGUUUCGCUCAGUGCCCGUGAUCCGUCCCUCGCCCGCUGACAGACGGCGUUCGGUCUCUCGCCUUGCUUCGCUCCCAGCAUCUCUGCGGGCGAGGCGAACAAUGCACGCCUUGCGUGGUGCGCGAGCACGGAAGACGGCGUCACCCACUGGAUUCUAGCAACCAGGCGAGACGACAGUCAGAGGCAGGCGUUGCUGCACCCCUCCCGUCCAAGCAACCGCACUCAUCUCUUAUCAGCGUACGACGCAGCGGAGCGAAGACCAUGACUGAAGCCCGGACCAAUAGGCGGAGGCCAGCAGUGCGCGUGUGCCAACUGGAAACCACGUAAAGGGGGCGGGGCGCGGAACUUGACUUGUGACGUCACCACCACCACCUCUGUCGAGUGCCGUCCACUGCGGCCGAGCGGGAUCGCCAAUGUCCAGCGGUGGGCCGAUGGUGAGGACGGCGUACGCCACCACCGGCGGCGCUGCCUCCGCGGCCAGGAACGGCGUCCGCAGCGCCGGCAGCGUCAGGACCGGCCACGGGGUCUCCGGCGGAGGCUAUCCCCCCUGGCGCAGGGUCAGCGGCGACUUCUGCCUCGACCUCACCAGGGAGGACAGGCACGUCGGGGAAACGGUGAAGCCCCGCUGCAACAGCGCGACGGCCGCGCACCGGGCCCGGGACGUGGACGAGUUCUACCUGCGGGUCACCAAGCGCCAGGAGGAGCACCUCAUCCCCCUCAAGGAAGACCUCGCAGACUGGCUGAACAAGUCGCUCGACGUUGAAGACAUCACGGCAGAGAACUUCCUGGACAAACUGGACAAUGGUGUAGUCGUCUGUCGGUUAGCCAAGCUGAUCCAGGCCAGGGCGGAACAUUGUUGCCACCUGAGCGGCUCCUCCAAGGUGGUGCCCAGCUUCGAGUUCAAGUGCUGGGAGAAUGCAAAGUCCGGCACGUUCUUCGCGCGGGACAACGUCGACAACUUCCUGCGGUGGUGCCGAAAGUUCGGCGUCAACGAGUCCGUCAUGUUCGAGUCGGACGGACUGGUGCUUCACAACCAGCCGCGGUCGGUGGUGCUCUGCCUGCUGGAGCUGGGCCGCAUCGCGUCGCGGUUCGGCGUCGAGCCUCCCGGCCUGGUCCAGCUGGAGAAGGAGAUCGAGGAGCAGGAGCAGCAGCUGCUGCAGCAGCAGGAGGAGGGCGACGUGCCGGAAGUCCUGGGCGCCGAGGCCGUCGCCGUGGGCGACGACGAGGAGUCGUCCUCGGCCUGCUCGUCGCCGGCGCUGUCCCGGGCCCACUCGUGCCUGUCGGACGACGACGUUGCCUCAAGCACGGGCGACCAGAACGGGUCUGCGACGUCGAACGGUGGCACGGACAGCGCCGUCGAGACUUCCCUGGAGCCCCAGCUUCCGGGGGCCAUCGCCGACGCGGUAGACGGCGUGCCCGUCAACGGUGCCUCGCGCACCAAAAACGGGCUGGAGGACGAGGACGACGACGGUCGCGACUCCGGCCUGCCCCACGAGGGCGGCGCCGAGGACUCCCUGGACGGCUCCUCGCUCAACGGCACCUCGUCCACGCCGAGCCCGCCGCCGCCGCAGCCGCCCGAGCCGGUCAAGGCCCCCAAGAAGGCCGAGAGCAAGAAGAAGGCCCCCUCGGACCUGGACCGGAAGGUCCGCAAGAUUGCCAGUCGUGUGUGCCAAAGCGAGACCCAAAUCAAGCGCAUCUCAGAGGGUCGGUACUGCAUCGGGGGUCGCAUCUACUUUGUAAGGCUGCUCAAGGAGAAGCACGUCAUGAUCCGUGUGGGCGGUGGCUGGGACACCCUGGAGCACUUCCUGUCCAGGCACGACACCUGUAACGUCAUCCUGCUAAACCGGCGUUCCUCCACCGCCUCGGAGGACGGCUCGCACUCGCCCUCAUCCACAUCACCUUGCUCUCUCCUCAGCGGCACGCCGUCGCCCCUGGGCUCAGGCCAGGGAAAUUCGAACCCCGCCGGCAUGGGCCUGUCGCGGCCCAGGUACCGAAGCCCAGCGUCCAGCGUGUCGCUCAGUGCCAUCAGUUCGCUGUCCAAGCAAGUGGGGUAGUAGUGAAGGUUGGACAGUCUCGCAUUCAUUGGCCACAAGCAUUGUGAAAUAAUCUUACGGGGGAGCAGCCUUCUUCGUUGGCCUUAGGUGGAUGGGCUGCCCAGCAAACAUCCAUGCAAUCUUUCGAUGCAAUCAGAUUUGGCUGAAGAGGAAAUUUUGUAGGAUUUGCAAGGGGAGUUUGGUUCGGUCAAACAAUACAAAGUAGCAUACGGGGUUCAUUAACAUGCUACAGUGUCCCGUGGAACACGCUACCGUUUCAAUACAUCUCCAGAAGCACAUUGAAAAAUGUGACACAUAUUAAGUGUCGAGCUCUUUCGGGACGUGCACGUCGUCAGCAGGCCUUUAUGACUGUUAUUCAUUCAAAGCAAUUUUAUUGUUUGCUCUCAUAGAAUCUUGCCUUCCUCCAAAAAAAAAAGUCAAGUUUCAUCCAUUGCACAGUUUCUCAUUGACAGAAUAGUGAUGUGUAGUUCACUCCAAAACGCAUUGGCACUCGAUCGUGUGAACUGAAUUUCGGACAUCAUUAUCUCAAAAUCACGCCGACUCUCAAAACCUACACAUUUCAUUUCACUGAAAAGACUUUUAUCAGAAUAGUUCAACUGCUGUAAGCUGUUAUUACAAUCAGAAGUCAUUGGCUGAAUAGUUGUGCAUUUAGGCAUCCUUCUGAAGCGUGGAAAUAAUCAGUUUUUCAUGAAUCAUUUAUUUGCGACCAUCAAGAACUUUAUGCCUAAAUGGUCAAUGGGAAUGAAGUGCAGGGAAAUAGUCGAAAACUGAGUUUGUGCAGUGCGAGUAGGCAGAUCGUGAAGGAACACGAAUGAUGUAAACAGCACCUGUCUACAUCAUUUGUGUUCCUUCAUGCCCUGUCUAUUUGAAUUGCAUGAACUUAAUUUGUACCCGUGUACCAACUAGCUCAGUAACGAAUUCUUUUCUCCGGGAACUACUACCUUUGUGAAGAGAACAGGAAGUAUACAUGGUAUUAUUUUUAGCAUCACGAGACAUUUUGUGCAGAUGACGUUCUUCUCUUUCAACUUUUUAACUCGUGAUUCAUGCACAUUGUAAUUAUCUUGCACAACUGUUCAAUGUGCCCUUAUUAUGAAGCUGUACACAUAAAUUCGACUGGGAAUUUGCUAAUUACAUAUCUUUUUUGUGGGUAGUCAUUAACGUAGCUGGCUUUUCUUAAUUUCGCCUGUCUUCCUUUAUGCGCCUUUAUUUCAAGAUUCAAUGUUCACCCAUUCUCUGUACAUUCAUGUAACUUGAACACCAAAUUAUUUUUACUAACUUUCUAAGUUCUUUGGACUCAAAGCAAUUCAGCUUGAUUCUGUUUGGAUCAACCAAUCUUGCACCUCACUACAAUAAGAAAGAUAAUGUUUUUUCUGUAUUUUGGCUUCCGAAAAUUUUCAGUCAUCUGGCUGAAUAAAGCGACAUUGAGUCCACCACAUCUCAUCAUAUGCCAUAAUCAACAUUCUUAAUACCCUUUGGAAGCAAACAAACCAGAGAGGUGUCAUGGGAUAGUGUGUGGAUUCUUCUCACUUGAUCCUAUCUCUUUCUUCUCAUUGACUGCUGAUGCUUGGCUGAUCCUAGUGAUAAAGUAGGCAGAGUGCAAAGAGCAUUAAAACAAGAAGACAUUUUAAUUUAAUCGUUGCAUCAUCCCAGCCUUUGAUUGUUUAAAAGUAGGCGAACAAGCGAAGGUUGAGCUCAAAGCAAGCAGUUUGACGAGGGAACUCGUUUUUGUCUGUGUAGCAGCUUCAUUGCAGACUUUGCAAACUUUAUCGCGGACGAUGGUUGUCUUUAAUUUAAAAUUCACUGAUCACUAGUCAUUACUGUAUUCCUCGUUGCGGACUUUAGGUGAGUAGGUGGCUUUGCACUUCAAAUUGUUUAAUUGUUUCCAUCAAUUAAGCAAAAAACAUUGCAAUGCUGCUAUUAUUAGAUAAUAGCAGAAGCUCAGCAUUAAGCAGUGUUUUACUUCUGACUCUGCUUAGCUGUUCGGACAUGCAAUACCACCAAAUGGCUUAGCUUAAAAUGGAUUCGCACUCGCUAGUAAAUUGUUUCAUGAAUGAACUGCACCGAGUGCAUAGUGUGAUGUGCAACCUAAGUAGCAGCGUUGUGUGAACAGGAAGACUAAUUGUGCUGGCCAAGCAUUGGUGGCGACUCCUUCCAUGCAUUGCUGUCAUCCCGAAUUCUGACCAGAAAUGGCCAAAUUAUUUCUGAAGACGUCAGUCGGCAACAUGUUUUGCUUCCUUAAAGAUCGUAUAUUUGCUUCUACUUGCGCUGUCCUACAGAUUGUGCCGCGAUCGCCCAAAAGCACGACUAUGCCUAAGCACCAUACACAAAACUAAGGAACUGAGCAACUAAGUAACAAAACUAAGGCACUGCUAGAAAAUGUAAGGUGCCAUUGAUCUGCUGAGCUUGCCCUUGGCUCAUUUUAGCAGAGACCAAUGGACUAACACAGAUCGUCCAAGGCACGUAAGGGGUUUAAAGGACAUUGAAGGCAAAUAAUAAGUCUAAAGCUAAAUUGAUAGAAUAAUGCUCAAGAAUGUCUAAGGCACCAAUUAUCGAGAACAGAGCUAUUUUUAACAAUCAAGAGAUUGAGGCAACUGCAGGACACGAUUUGAGACUCCACUGCGACAUUCAAGCACUAGCCCAAUGACCUAGUGACUCCUCAUUAUAAUUCUGUUGCUAAUAAUCAACGACUCAUAUUAGAAAAUAUCAUUGCAUUGCAUUACAACAUAGAAGAAAAUGCUGCUUGUCUACUUCGAUUUGAUUCUUAGAAGAAAAAAAAAAUAACUUUCUAACUUGACCCUUAGCAAUGCGGACAGAAAAAAGGGUUCGUUUUUGCUCGACGCUGUCCUGCCUGCACAUUUGCAUUUCGGUAGUUUCAUUAUUGCGUAGUGCUACGCUGGUUAUGCUGGCUCACAAAAUUCGCACCAAAUGCAAGUAGCAGAGAAUGAGGUCUGUUGCGACGAGCAUUAGAAGAUCAUGUUUAUGAUUCCGCGCUCACUUCCUCUUUCGCACUGUCGGCUCUGUCCUGGCUCAGUUUCUAGCUGCGCUUUUUCGUUUUGCACAAGAAACCACAGCGCCAACUGUCAGCUGCCGUUUUACUCCCCAACGGCAGUAAAGCGCAGUGAUGUCAUGUUCAAUGUCACAACUUCCUGGUAGGGGGCAGCUGAUUUGAAUUGUGCUAGAGGUAUUCAUACACUUAAGAGGUGAUUUGUUCUUAAAUCUACGUCUUGGCACGAAACAAGCUCUGAGAGGCUUGUGGAAUGGUAUUUUAGCAGUCUGCGCUGACUUACAAUUUGCCUUUAGUGUCUCUUUAAAGUAGCCUGGAGAUGCUUCUGUGAAGUUACUGGGUGCUUUCUAACGACAUGCUCCUCACACGUAAAAGGGUGAUUAAACAGAGCAUGGGUGAAGCUUGGGGAACACUUAUACAAUACUUUUAGUUUGAUGCUAAAUUUGCUGUCGAAAUACCAGACUUGACGUAAUUGACGUUAUCGUGACAGAGCUCACUUUGCUCAUUAAAAAGCAAGCAAGGGUGCUGCCCACGUCAUUUUUGGCUUUGCUCACAUGUGGAAGCCAUAGCGAUUGCAGGAAUGAAACGACGGAGUGUACUAUGACAUCAUGACGCAUCAUUGCCUUGGCACCGAAACUGAAACUGGUGUAAGAAACAAGUAUCAUAGUAAAUUAUGUAGGGCUCGGUGGUAUUUUCCACACUUUUUACGAUGUAGAAUGGGUGGACCUUGAUUUGCUUAGCAGUCAUAAAUGUCCUGGUCAUAUCCCUUUAAACUCCACUAGUUAAUAACAAAGAUAAAUUUUAACACAGACGUCAACAGUAGAUGUUUCACAAAUACGCUUUUAUACAUAUCGUUUUUUUUUAAAGCACAGAAAGCGACAAAUUUAUUUUUUAUGCUGCUUUUGUUAGUUCUCUUCCCCCACUCUUUUUGACAAGAGUGAAUCACAUAGUCAGGGUAAGCUUUCCUGCAUUUCUGUAUUGCCAUAGAUAACUGCAAGCCGUCUUUCUACUUGAGCUUUGGUUUCAUCCUGCGUUGAGAACGCAGCUGGUAUGUUACAUCUUCAUUCAGGUCGACGUGGCAUUCUCUCUGGGUCUUGACUGAAUGUGGUGUUUUCAUUCAUUUUCUACUAAUCUAAAACACAUAUGAAUACAUUCACUGCAGCAGCUAUCAUACAGGCAGGAACCUGAAAUCCAAAGUGCUCUAUGGCUAGAGGAACUGCAGAUCCACACACCUCAAAAUUUACCUGAUUAACAUUUGUACACCACUCGUAUGUGUAAGUCCUCAUAUCUUAUUAUUAUUAAUAAUUUUAAUAUUAAGGAAUACACCUGAAAUGUUCUCAUAUGUCAAAGUCUUCAAAAGGGGGCAGAGUGAUCAAAUUGUCACAAUAAAGAUGCAGAAUUAUAACAUUGGCAACAUUGCAUCUUGUACAAUAGCCUAAAAAGAAUGCACACAUUAGAAAAUAAUUAGAGGUGGACAGAUAUAACCUUUUUCAAGCACGAAUCAAAUGAAAAUAGUAAGUACUGAUUUAUCAACUAGUCAAACAAGGACGGAUAUAUUUACAGCAGGAGUAUUCAUUUCAGUAUAGUUAUGUACCACGCCUGUUUGACUAGGGCAAUAAAGACGGCUAUCAGGGACAAAGGAUCACUUUUAAACACAAGAUCGCGGAUUGUUAUUAAAAGAACUGCAUGAAUAGCCUGAUUACAGGCAAGCUUUUCAACAAAAGAAUGGCUGUUGUAUGCCUAGCUUUCCAAAAGCGUUAAAUAAGUUGUCGCGAAACAAGAUCAGAAGCUGUCUGAAAAGUUUACAAAAAAGAAAAAGCUGCUGAGGGACUUGUGUGCCAUACACUCUCAUAGAUGAGCCCAUUUUGAGCAAAACGUUGCAGGUUGUGAACGAGAAAACCGCUGCUUCACUGGACUGCCAUAAACACUAAUCAACAGGCUACAUGCAAGAAGCACAGGCGUUAAAGUGCACACCUGAUGCACUUUCAAAAAUAUAGCUUGCGUUACCCAUUUUGUUUUGGUGUUGCUUUGUUCCUUUUCUUGACUUCUGGUAACUUGUGGCACAUUGCUUAGCAAACAGGGAAAUUGGAAUUUAACACUCGGUUGGCGAAUUUCGUUAGCUUCCAAUGUUCGAAAAUAACGGAAUCGUUUCUUUUUGAAUGCGAACCCGUUUUUGUUAGAGUAUGUAGUGUUAAGUUUUGUACCGGAAGCUUUGCACAUUCGCCCACUCCUAAAAAUAAAUGUCCCCAGGUGUCUGGACUGGUUUAAACCAGCAAACAAUAUGGUUUCAGCUAUGGUUGCACGUUGGGCUUGUUACGUCGUACUAAAGGACUUUUUGCACCCGACACGGGAAAAGGAGCGCCAAGUAUGUAUCGGUCUUGCCCAUUUUGUCCACUGUUAUGUGUGCUAUGCCUAAGGCCUUUAGCAUUAAGCAUCAAGACACUAAUUUCUGUUGCACAUGCCAGCUCAACAAAAGUUGCCUGUUAGAAUUGGAUGCUUUAUUUUAGUAGAAGGAAUUUCGCUAGGCUAGUAGGAAGAAACCAGGAGAAGCGAAACAAUCUGGAAAGUAAUUUGCCUGACACUGGGUUGUUUUGUUGUGAAUAUGAGAUUUGCGUACUGAGCCCAGCUACCAGUCCAUUUGAAGAAGGCUGCUCCCACACCUUGCCGCAGUUGAGAGGGGAAAACUCAGGUGCUGUUCGAAAAAAACUGAGAAACUGACCAGCUGUCCAUUGUUGCGCUUGCAGUGAGUUAGAAAGCUUGAUUUGUAAAGUGCUUUUAGUUUUGUUUGCAUGAUAUGCUGUCACUGAUAAGCUGUUUACAAUGGCGAGUUUCUAGCACGCCAUGAAGCCACUACUGCAACUAGAUUCAGAGGGUGCAACCAGUUUUGUGCUCCACACGGACUCGGCUGUAAUGUCCUUUUUGCUGCUUUUCAGUUCAGUUUUAGUUCUUUCGUGUCUUGCUUUCGCAUGUAAUCCCCAAAAAAUUUCUAUCAUUGAAUUUUAAUAAUAUGACCCUACUAUGUCUGCGUAACCUUCCAAGGGUAAAGAUCAGAAUUAGCACAAUUCAAUGUGUAGGCUAUUAAGCUGAACAAAUUGUUCCUUCUGGUCCACAUGAUAUAUUGGUUCAAUGGUAAAUAGAAGGAAGUGCUUCUUACUCUAACAAAACUUUGCACCCUUUGUGGGCUAGUGUGUCUCCCAACUGUAAUCGCCAUCUAUCCUGCAUGCCCUUCCUUUCUUUAUCGCUGCUUGCGCGGCACUUCCAGGUCACAAACAGUGUGUGCAUAUCAGUGUGACAAUUAAAAGGAGGGCACUAGACAGAUGACAAUCAUUGUUUGCGGAUGAGAUAAGCCCCAAAGGGUGCAAAUAUUUCUUAGAGUGUUGUUCCUCAUUGUGCUUGACUUGCUGUUAAGAUUCACCCUGAAAGAUUUGUCACUCCCAUUAUUUUUUCUGUUUCCUAUGUCAACUUGUUUCUUUGUCCGUUAUCUCUCUGUUUUAGUCGUUUAACCAGCCUGCAAUCGUUGUUUUGUUAUUUGGGUUGACCCCUUGAGUUUUUUCGUUAAGCUCCGGAGCAGCACGGAACAGCCUUGUUCUGGUAAUUUUGUUUUUUCAUUGCAAUAAGGGUGUGGUGCUGCGCGAUUACAGCACUUGUGAGAAUCGAGCACUGUGCUGUCUUGACGUGUCGUUUCGUGGCUGCCUAGCAGUGUGCUUUAUGUCGAGCGAGAGAGCACCAGUAACUUAAGAGCUGCAUUGCAGCAGCCUUCUAUUUUUAUCUGCUGCUGAUGAAUCUCAGUUCACUGCCAUGAGAAUGCAUUUUGAUGGUGCCCCCAUAGGUAAACAAACAGAUUUGUUACUUUGCACGCAUAGUAAUUGUAGAAACAGAGCAAAAUCAGUUAUAGCGCAGGAUUACUCCUAAAGACGUCAUGUCUAAACAGUGAAACAACCUGUUUUAAAAUAUGGGCGAGGGUGGUCUGAGUAAAAUGUGAGGAGGCAGCAUAUUGACCUUUGCUUAACGCACCUUUAGAACAUGUUUCCUUAUGAAAUCUGUUAAGUCAAGUGUUUAACAGAGUUUUUAUUCUUUGUGGCUGUAUGACUUAGGCACUGAGAAAAAUAUGUGUUUCUGUAGUUGCUUGUUGUGUUGAAGAAUGAUUUAAUGUAUAUAUGAAGUGUUGCUGUAGCUUUUAGAUCACUCUAUUUUGGUAUGUUUGAUGUGGAUUGUUCAAAAGCUAUCCAGUUUGAAGUGAAUGUCCUGACUUGCUCCGCAUCUUAUUAGCCAUACAUUGCUUCUUGUUGAUGUGUUGAGUUUUUUUAGUCAUUGUACAAGAAAGAGUUGUGUAAUGCAUAAACCAUUUUGUUCAGAGGAACUCCGGCAGCGAGUGUUGUUUGUUUGGAAGUUUUCUUAAAUUAGUGCUCGAAAACUUUCAAGAAGUUGCUUCAAGCACACAUUUUUCUGCAUUGUGCUUUCUUGAAUAAUGAUUCUCUUGUCAUGAUAAAAUCAUUAUGUGGUAAUAUAUUUCAUUGCAUACGCUUAUUUCGUGCAAAGCCAAAACCUUUUUGUUAUGCACUUUUCAGUUUGUAACCUUCUGUUCAAUUUCUGUACCUGUAGCUGUGUACAAAGAUUUUAAUGCAAAUCAGCUUUGGACGAAUAAGAAAUGUGGAAUAGGCAGGGUGUAUUGCCCUAAUGUGGCAAGCACAAAAACUUGGCUAGCAUUAUGUGCUGUAAGAAAACCUUUAUUGUGCAUUUAAAAUAUUUUUGUUGACGUUGUGUGCUAACAAUUACCAUUCUUUUUUACUUCUUAGAAAGUGACAAAUGCUCUGGCAUUUGGGCCUGUUAUUUUACCUCUGUUUUAAAACCACUGAAUGUUUAUAUUGUAUUUCUUUUUGGUUUGCAGUAAAGUCUCUGUAAAUUCUUUA